AUGAAAGAUACUAUCGAACCACUCGACUUACCAGAUGAAAUGAUCUUUAACAUAAUGAACAAAAUCAAACCUCAAGUGUUAUUGCUUUGUUGUAUUGUUAAUAUCGGAAAUCAUCGUUUGGAACAUCUUGCUCUUGAUAAAUGUCAUUCAAUUGAUCUAAGUUUUGAUUAUCAAUUUAAUCCUUAUACGUUACUUCUCAAACGAUUUCAUAUAGAUGUUUUACCUCGUAUUUAUAAUAAUAUUCAAUCAUUGACAAUCAGCAUAAAACAUUUGUUACCGAUUGAUGCUGCUGUCAAAGCAAUACCUGAUAAACUUCUUCCUAAUUUAAGACAUUUGAAAAUAUUAGUAGGGUAUCGUCAUCUUUAUACUGGAACACCUUUCAAAAUAGGUGAAUGA